AUGAUCUUCGUUAACCAAUCAGUAGAUGUGCCAAGUAUCGCUGAAUGUCACCAAGAUAUCGUUCAAGCGGACCCUACUAUUGGAUUUGAAGUCGCAGCGGCGGCUUUAAAAUGGCAUCGAAUGUCCCGAGCCCACCGCUCCAAGGACCAGGAUAAUUUCCGACUCACGACCCUAUCAGAAUACCUUAAAGCGAUUGUUGAAGAUGCUACUACGGACGUCAAUCUUUCCAUGAUCCGCUUCGCAGGAUCAACCCAGCUCACCUCUCAGCAAGGCCAGGAUCCCAUCCUGAAGUGUAUAGUGGAUCUCUGGGCAAAACAUCGAGUCAUCGUCAAAGAUCUUUUUUCGUAUGAGAAAGAUUGUCUCGAGCGCAAGGUUAACGGCUCCGCAGUCGUCAAUGCCAUACACGUCCUACAGAGCGAGCACAAUGUAUCUCUUGGAGCGGCGAAAGAGGUUGCACGUAACAUCCAGCUGGACAUAGAACGAGAGAUGCACGGUCUUUACAAGGAGGUCUUGGGUAGGACAGGCACGGAUAGCCCGGAAGCCCGAUACGUCCGGGCGCUUGUCGAAAAUCUGGCCGGAAAUGUGUUUUAUUCCUCCACCGCAGAGAGAAAUGCGAUGCCUUUGCUAGAACAGAAACUUCACCAUGGAAUAUGGGAGAGCUAG